AUGGAGAAGGCCCGCGCGCAACAGCAUGCCGAGUCGCUCAUGGACCCGGUCCUGGUCUGCUUCUCGGAUGAGGACUCUAUGGUCAGGUACAAAGCUUGCGAAGCUUUCUACAACAUUGCCAAAGUAAUCCGGGCUGGGAUUCUUCGAAACAUGAGUGCUGUCUUCGAUGGUCUCUGCAGGCUCUACACAGACAUCGAGCAGACCAUAAAGGAGGGUGCCCAAUGCCUGGACCGUCUCAUCCGUGACAUUGUCAUGGAGCAGCGCCAUUUUGACUUUGCCGCGCUGAUUCCACUGAUCACCUGCAGAAUCCACAUACUCAAUCCAAACGUUCGCCAGCUGGUGCUCGGUUGGAUUGUUCUCUUGGAUUCCUUGCCACAGGUGGACAUGAUUUCCUUCCUCCCUCACUACUUGGAGGGCCUCUUUGGCAUCCUUGCCAGCGAGAAUCGCGACUUCCGCUUGAAGGCCCAGGAGUGUCUGGAAAGCCUCUUGGAGCACAUCCGACGUUCUGCGGCAGACCGCCCAGAACGAACGCAGAAGGCGAUAGCCGAGGCGGCUGCCACGGUGGCGCGCUGCUGCCGUGCAGGGGGCGAGCAGCGCUCCGAGGCCCUUUUUGCAGAACCGUUGAGGGAGUUGGACCGCUAA